AUGUCAAAAACGUUCACCCAGAGCGACGUUGCGUCGAACAACAAGUCGGAUUCCUUGUGGAUCGUUGUCGACGGCGAUGUCUAUGAUCUCACCAAGUUCCAAGAUGACCAUCCGGAAAUAUGGGACGCAGGCGGCAAGAAGAUCCUACAAAGGGUCGCCGGCAAGGAUGCGUCUAAGCAGUUCUGGAAGUACCAUAACGAGGGCAUCCUCAAGAAGUACCAAAAGCAAUUGCAAAUCGGCUCCCUAGACACCAAGCCGAAACCCGCCGCUCCUCCCGCACCCGCCCCCGCCCCCAAGAAGGAGGCACCCAAGGCUGCUGCUGCUGCUACUGCUGCCCCCGAAGAAGAGGCCGAGGCUCUUGAGCCUUUCGGCGAGCAAAUCCCCUUUUCCGAUCCCGGCUGGUAUCAGGGUCACCAUUCACCCUACUUCAACGAGACACACGCCGCGCUCCGGGCCGAGAUUCGGGAGUGGAUUGACACGGAAAUUGAGCCGAAUGUCACCGAGUGGGAUGAGAAGAAGCAGGUGCCAGCCGAGGUGUACAAGGAGAUGGGCCGCCGAGGCUACCUAGCCGGGUUGCUCGGCACCCACUACCAGAAGGAUUACGUUCAAAACUCCAUCAAGUCGGUACCCGCCGACAAGUGGGAUCUCUUCCAUGAGAUGCUGCUCACUGACGAGCUCAGCCGCACCGGCUCAGGAGGUUUUGUAUGGAACGUCAUCGGUGGUUUUGGAAUCGGCUGCCCGCCCCUGGUCAAGUUCGGCAAGAAGCCGCUUGUCGAUCGCAUCCUACCGGGUAUCCUCGCUGGCGACAAGCGUAUCUGCCUAGCUAUCACGGAGCCUGAUGCCGGUAGCGACGUGGCUAACCUGACUUGCGAGGCCAAGCUGAGCGAGGACGGCAAGCACUAUAUCGUCAACGGUGAGAAGAAGUGGAUCACCAACGGUAUCUGGUGCGACUACUUCACCACAGCCGUGCGCACCGGCGGCCCCGGUAUGAACGGAGGCGUGUGGUCGAGCGGCACCACCUACAUCACCUUCGAGGACGUCAAGGUACCCGUCGAGAACCUGAUCGGCAAGGAGAACCAAGGCUUCCGCGUUAUCAUGACCAACUUCAACCACGAGCGCAUCGGCAUCAUCAUCCAGUGCCUGCGCUUCUCGCGCGUGUGCUACGAGGAGUCGGUCAAGUACGCCAGCAAGCGCAGGACCUUCGGCAAGAAGCUCAUCGACCACCCGGUCAUUCGCCUCAAACUGGCCCACAUGGCCCGCCAGAUCGAGGCCAGCUACAACUGGCUCGAGAACAUCAUCUACCAGUGCCAAAAGAUGGGCGAUACCGAGGCUAUGCUGCGCCUCGGCGGGCCCAUCGCCUCGCUCAAGGCCCAAUCGACCGUGACCUUUGAGUUCUGCGCCCGCGAAGCCUCGCAGAUCUUCGGUGGCCUGUCGUACUCGCGCGGCGGCCAAGGUGGCAAGGUUGAACGCCUGUACCGCGACGUCCGCGCCUACGCCAUCCCUGGCGGCAGCGAGGAGAUCAUGCUUGACCUGAGCAUCAGGCAGAGCAUGAAGGUGGCCCAGAUGCUGGGCAUGAAGUUGUAG